AUGGCUUUCAAAAGAAAGCAACCAUUCAAACCCUGGACUCCGCGGCCGACCAAGCGCGCCAAAUACACUCCACGCGUGCCUCGAUCUCAAAAGGCCAGUAAAUCCUCCACCUCAGCCCGAGGAAACACAUCUACAGACCAUGAAUCCACGCCAGAGUCAGAGAUUCCAGAGAUCGUCCGCUCGCGUCCGUACUCGGGUCGCAGGGCAGCGCGCACGCAGCUCGCCCUCAGCCUACCCCCGCUGUACAAACUCAGCGAUAUCUACAAGUCGAUCACCAAAAGGGCCUUGGAGCUCGAACUCGAUAAGUUUCUUGCCCAUACUGGAUCCCGUACCCUACGCGUGGUGACCGUGUGCUCGGGGACUGAGAGUCCGUUGCUUGCCCUGGAGAUGGUACAGGAGAAUCUUCGAACGCACUUCGAAAGAAACUUCGAGUUCCGCCAUUUGUUUAGCGCUGAGAUCGUUCCGUUCAAGCAGGCUUACAUUGAGCGCAAUUUCCAUCCCCCAUUCAUCUUUCGAGACGUCGCUGAGCUCAAGGAUCGUGUGGCUCAAACUGCAUACGGUUCCCUAGAGAAAAUACCCAAGAACGCGGACAUCCUCAUUGCAGGUUUCUCCUGUGUCGACUUCUCCGCCUUGAACUCCAAGCGGAAGACUUUGGAUGACAAGGGCGAGUCGGGAGGCACAUUCUGGGGGAUCAUUCGCUACGCCCGGACAUAUCGUCCCCGGAUGGUCAUCUUGGAGAAUGUCAAGACCGCCCCCUGGGACACAAUCGAAAAACAUUGGAACGAGAUCGACUACUUCGCCGUUCAUGUCGACGUCGACACAAAGGCGUACUACCUACCCCAGACCAGAGAACGAGGAUACAUGUUCUGCGUGGACAAGCGUCUUAUGGACAAACACGGAAUGGCAGACGAGGACAUGCUCCGCUGGACAGAUGUCCUUGCAGACUUUAAGCGUCCUGCAAGCUCCCCGGCUGGAAUGUUCAUCAUGGACGCAGAUGAUUGGAGACUCGAACAGAUCGAAAAGGAUAUGGCGGUCCGUAUCACCUCAUCGUCAUCUUCUUCACGGGCAACGGUCAACUGGGCCAAAUACCAGGUGCGUCAUCAGAGCUACCGUCUCAAUCAGAGUCUCGGUUAUAGACGGCCUGUUAAGGGGUACGACAUGAACUACAAAGAGAGGUGCAUAGAGCUAUCUCAGGGAUUGGACCGAGAAAUUGACUCACGAGCAUACGGCAUUGUCGGCUGUAUCACUCCUUGCGGUAUCCCAUAUAUCACUACUCGGGGUGGGCCGCUCUGCGGUCUGGAGUCACUAGCUUUGCAGGGCCUCCCUCUAGACAGGCUUCUGCUGUCUCGGGAGUCUCAGCGUGAGCUGCAAGAUCUUGCUGGCAAUGCCAUGAGCUCUACCGUGGUUGGCUGUGCUGUCCUCUCCGCACUAAUCGUCGGCUACAAACUUUUGGAUAAAGCUGCUCCUCUUGGAAAUACGAAACCAGUCACUCCAAAGACUAAGUUUUUGGCACCGCGGGAUGACUGUGAGCUUGUCCUGAGCAGCUUCAACGAGUCUUCGAAAAUCUCCCUCCGCGAUUUGCAAGUCCAAGCAUCUGCGAGUGCAAGGUACUGUGUGUGCGAGAGACAAAGCGCAAAAAGACGGAAUAUCCUCCGGUGCACUCUAUGCGGACAUACAGCGUGUACAGUCUGCGCCGGAAACCCAGAGCACGCAUAUGAGCGCUGGACUGAUUUGAGCCGCACCCAGCCAUUGGAUUUUGUGAGCAAACUCAAGGAACUUCUACCGACCAGGCUGGUCGUGACGGGCAUUACCAGCACUACAUUCGACCCGCUCAAAGAGGACGCAUCUAUCAUGUGUUCUGCAGAUAUUUGGAAUGAUUUUUUGGAUGCAGUGAUGCGAGCUGUUGGCGAUGAGCUCCGCUUUUUGGACGUCAAACGAACUGAAGUUUGGACUGUCUCGUACGAAGGCAAGUAUGCAACUUUGGAUCUCAUCUUGGCACAUCACCAGGUUGAUUGGUUCCUCUAUGCGAAGCCCUUGGACAGCGAGCCUGCACUAUGUCUCAAUCGUGAGAUCCUCUCCAAGCCGUUUGCACAUAUGACUCCUGGCCCCAAUUCCCUUUUGGAAGGAGAAUGGGAAGUGUGCGCUCCACUCAGUACAAACUCGGCUCUGGUCUUUUCAAGAAGCGGAAUCUUGGUCCCGUCCUACGAGGCAAGAUGUGGACUGGAUAUGAAAGAGUUUCGUGAAUCCAAGGUAUGGACGCAGAUCAACAUUGGAGGAUCAGUUGAGGAUGUACAGCACCUCAAAGUAGACAUCCGAGGAACAUAUGAGCUACUACCUGACUGUGGGACAGCGAAUGCAUGUCUCCAUAAGAAGGCCGCAACCAAAACUUCUCCCGCGGUCUACUUGUUUUUGGAUCCGACCAAGCUUGGAGAACCUGUAUACGACUCGUUCGUGUUUUCUUUGGAUCACAAACGCAUUCCUGGAUAUGCAGCGCGCUUGACUAUCGCAGAAGUGUUACAUAAAUGGAGAUCUGCCCGCUCAACUCAAGAUCAAGAGCUCGUCAAUGUCUACUACCGCAAGUGGACCAAAGCAUCAGAUGUGACUCUGGAGCCGUAUUCUCCCACUGACCCCAUUUCUUGUUACCAUUUGAAACCAGGCGCUACCAUCUCAAUCAGCAACGGGGACUGUCACCAUGCUAACACCACACUACUUUCGUUUACAUAUCCAGCGGCACUAAUUGGUGGCCGGCUUGGAAAGGGUAUAUGGGAAGUUUUGGAUCCCAUAGACUCCCCAGAACUGCUCAAGGAGUUUUCUUGGUUAUUACAGAAAGCGGCUUCAUUCUCUGAGUUCCAGGAUUGGUCCAACGUUAUUCAAAAGCCCUCGGAGGAGUCUGCUACAGGAGAUACCCUUUGCAGCGUCUGCGUGCCGCCAAAGCCCCGAAUUCUCUGGGGCCGUAACGGGCGCGGAUGGGUCAAGGCAUAUGAAGAUCCGCGCGACGCAGCUCUGUACGAGCGUCAGAUAAAAGCCAGGCCUCGGGCAUUUUUGGUCUUCCGCGAUGUUGAAGAGAACGACAUUGGAAAACUGCAAGUCACGCUUAACAUCCAAACAUUGUUACAUCAGGCGCACGAAAAGCUUCGGGGCUCGGGCGUUGUUGGCGAGGCCUCGUUUCGCUGGCGUCUUGUGCCCAAUGCAUACGACUCCAGAGAUAUGGCGUUUCCUGCGUUCGAACUGAUGAGUAACCGAAACGAUAGUCAGGCCACCCAGCCUCCAGGGUUCCAACUAGAUCUUCGACCUGAGCAGCUGCGUUCUCUAGCUUGGAUGAUUAAACAGGAAGAUGAAGCGAUUAGUCCCUUCGUCGAGGAGGAAACGGAAGAAGCGUUGCUGCCCCAGCUGAUGUGGCGCGGAGAGGCCAGAGUCACAAUCCCAACGACUGUCCGCGGUGGUGUCCUAGCCGAUGAUGUUGGGUAUGGAAAGACCGCCAUCAUAUUGGGGCUGGUCGACUCGCAAUUUGAACGAGGCAAUCAGUCGAGCCCAGAUGCUGCCCCAGGGCUUAUCCCCACCAACGCCACUCUCAUAGUAGUUCCUCAGAUCAUGUUGCGCCAGUGGCAAUCGGAGAUUGAGAAGUUCCUGGGACCAAAGUACAAUGUCCUGGUUUUCAAAACUCACCUGUCACUGGCGACGAGCGCUAUCCGUGAGAUUCAAGACGCAGAUAUAAUCCUUGUUUCCUGGUCCGUUUUCAAGAUUCCAAGUUACUACAACAGGAUGCAGAAAUUCACUGGGAUGCCACGGGCACCGACCAAAGGGGGCCGCAACUUUGACGAUUGGUUUGAAGCAGCUUGUGUGGCUCUUGGAGAACAGGUCCAGAUUCUCAUGAAUGAAGGGCCCGAGGCUUUCCUCGACAAUUUACGCAGGAAACGCCGGUCAGUGAAUGAACACCAAGAGCAUUCCGUCUAUGUCCCCUCCAAACGGCUAAGAGGACAACGGUAUGCAGAUUUUCAUCAGACUCAAGAGCAAGAGACCGACCACGGGAUGCAGUAUGCGGAGAUAUCGAGCGCCGAAGAUUCCGACCCUGGCGACGAAGACCCGGUGGUUCUGCAAGAGAAGGUAGAUCAGCUUAUAAGGCGACGCCCACAUCAAUCAUGCGCAUCCUUGGGAAUCGGUCAGGAAGCCUCAGAAGAUGAAUCAGACGAAGUAACAGAUUGCGACGAAUCUUCAUCGGAGAGUCCCGUCAAGGGAAAGGACACGGAAACAAAAGGCGCAAGGAAGCGUGGUCAGUCAACGAAGAAGUCCAAAGUAUGGAACGACAGAAAAGAGUUCAACCUCACCGAGAAAGGUGUCCAAGACUGGACAGCUGUCAAAACACCCGUUUUGCACGCUUUCAUAUUCAACCGCCUAGUGAUUGAUGAGUUCACCUACGCAGAUUCCGAAAGACUCAGUCCUCUGCUAGCAUUGCAAGCUCGUUCGAAAUGGGUCUUAUCCGGCACUCCCCCAUUGAAUGACUUCGCAGAUGUGAAGACCAUUGCCCCGUUCCUGGGUAUCCAUCUCGGCGUCGAUGAGGAUGACGAGCAGUCACAGAACAAACGAAUAAAAAUUCUUCACAGGCAGAGGUCCGACGCAGAAACAUUCCAGUCGUUCCGAACUCCUCGCAGUCAGGCAUGGCAUCGGAAUCGCCACGAAGUUGCACAGAGAUUCCUCAAUCAUUUUGCGCGGAGGAAUAUUGCGGAAAUCGAUGAGAUCCCAUUCACGGAGCAUAUCGUCCUUGUCUCCCUGUCUCCAGCUGAGACUGCCAUCUACCUAGAGCUAUACAAGCAGCUCAUGACAUGUAACCGCCAGUUGCGCCGCAGCGGCGGGAGAAGUCGGCUGAGCAGCGACCAAGUGGAACGUCUUGACGAGAUCAUCGGCAGUAGCUCGACGGCAGAGGAGGCACUACUCAAGAGAUGCGCAUCGCUCGCACUCCAGGGUCGCUGGGAUAAGGGGAAGCCGGAAGCCACGACGUGCAAGUCAUUGAUAGAACUCCGAGAGAAACAGCUAGCUGAUCUCAAGGAGGAUCUUCUCAUGAAGUUGAAGAUGGCAGCUUGCAUAUACUGUGGGUGUGAUUUGAGAUAUGAGACCUUCCACAAGUUCGUCGAAAGUAUUCUACGCCAUGAUUUCGGAGAUAUGGAGGUGACCAGAAAGGUUUAUCCUCUUCUCAAACGCGCCAUCCUACAGUCAGAAAAAGAUGACUGGAGGCUAUUUUUUGCUCCUCCAAAUCCUGCAAAGGACGAUCUGGCGCCGCCAGACGAAGGCGGAUCCCGCGAGUCUGAUGAUGAGUCUCCGACUCGGACAAAAAAAGCGAAGACAGCUAAAGACAAGCAAGUCACUGGUGGCAAAGUGAAAGCAGGAAAAAUUUGCCAGGCAAUGCUUCCCAAGAAGCCCACCAGGCCAAAGGAGUACGAUGCCAUGAUGCGAGAAGCCACAACGGCUAUCCGAAAACUCGUCGUGGAAUGGGUUCUCCGCGAAAGAGCGCUCAGGUUCCUUCGAACCGUACGCCAUGUACAAACCCGUUCGACCCCUGUCCAGUGCGACAGCUGCGGAGAUCGUCCCUCCAAACUUGAUGAUGUCCAAAUCCUCGGGUCCUGUGGCCAUUCGCUGUGCCCUGACUGUCUAUCAGAAGUUAGUCUUGAGGAGGAGUGUCCUGCCAAAGGAUGUCGCGGUUCAAGGAAGAAGUUCAACAUCAUCAACGCCUCGACUCUUGGGUGCGAUAAGGAUCGAAGCACUAGGUUCGGGGGAACCAAAAUGGACAAGCUGGUGCAGAUAGUUGGUGAUAUCCCCACGAAUGAGCGGGCUCUUCUGUUCAUCCAGUUUCCCGAGCUCAUAGAUAUCGCAUCCAAGGCGUUGGAUAUGGCUGGGGUGAAGCAUAUCGCCAUCUCCGCUACCGACCGCACGUCAGCUCAGAAAGUGGAACAGUUUCAGAAGACGAGUUUUGGUGAUAACAAGGUCCUAAUUUUGACUUUGGGCAGUGAGAUGGCCGCUGGGUUGAACGUACAAUGUGCAAAUCACGUUAUCUUCCUAUCGCCCAUGCUGGCCCAGACCCAGUACGACUAUGAUUCCGCCAUGACUCAAGCCAUCGGACGCUGCCGGCGGUACGGACAGAACAAGCAUGUCCACAUCUACCAUCUGUUGGCGAAGAGAACUAUCGAUGUCAAUAUCUUCCAAGAGCGCCGUAGCAAAGUCCUCGUGGAACGAAAGGGGGGCCCGGUUUUGGUGACCCCAGAUGAGGCUGAUGAGUCUGAAGCAAUGAGUUGCCAGGGACCAUCGUUGGUGGUGGACAAUGCCUUUUGA